UUAACAUUGAAUAACAAUACCUAAUUUUUCAUUCAACAUAAGAUGGAUUCCCAAAACGCAAGCUAUAAUGCUGGACAAGCCAAAGGCCAAGCUCAGGAAAAGGCUAGCAACAUGAUGGACAAGGCUAGUGAUGUUGCUCAUUCUGCUCAAGACUCCAUGCAACAGGGUGGACAACAAAUGAAAGAAAAGGCACAAGGAGCUGCUGAUUCUAUCAAGAGUGCUUUGAAUUCAAAGAAUUAAUGAAACUAAAUGGAUCGUAAUGCUCGACUUUCCUUCCCUUCAAUAAACCUUGUUCUGUUCGACUACAUAUUUUGUAUGUAGAAACAUCAUUCUUUUUUAUUUCAUUUUAUUUUUAUUUGU